AUGUCGUUGGUCAGUAGGGCUAGGGAGAAUCUCUCCUAUUAUCAUUAUAAUCCUUCUUUGGCGGUAUCGAUCGUGGCAGCUGUUCUCUAUUCUAUUGCCUUUAUCUUGACAUUGGUGCAAUGGAUUCGAUACAAAGCCUGGGUUUGGAGUGUAAUGGUGGUCGCCGCGGCCAUGGAAGCUGUUGGGUACAUUGCCCGCUGUGUUUCCGUACAGCAUGUGACGGAUAGAUCGAUUUACGCCCUUCAACUCUGUCUCGUCAUCCUCGCCCCCGUUCUCAUGGCCGCGUGCUGCUACAUCCUAUUCAGUCGCAUUUUGAUCCUCAUAGUCCCUCCAGCGGCGCGCACUUUGAAAUUGUGCUGGGUGCCUCCCCGGUGGAUUACCCCGAUUUUUGUCGGAUUUGAUAUCAUCGCUCUCUUCCUCCAGCUUAUAGGCGCGGUGAUGAUUUCUUCGGUUGAUUCCACCGAUAUCAAUGCUCAAGACAAACUGGACCGGGGAAAACACAUUGCCCAAGCGGGCGUCAUUAUCCAGCUGGCCGCCUUUGGUCUGUUUGCGGUGGCUGCUGUUCGCUUCAACUUUACCUCGAAACGAUUUGCAAAGUCUCUCAGUGAUCGAUAUGAGGACUUUGGGGAUAAGGAGUAUCUCAUUGACGGCAUUGCGAAGAAUAAGCACUGGCCUGCUUUAUUGCGAGUGGUGAACUUGACUACAAUUUUGAUUCUCGUUCGGUCUGUUUAUCGACUGGUGGAAUUUACCGAAGGCAAUACAGGCUAUCUGAAUACGCACGAAUGGCCCCUGUAUGUCUUUGAUGCCCUCGUCAUCUAUCCAUGUGUCGCCCUGUUUGUCUACUGGCAUCCAGCGAGAUACCUGCCUUACUUGGGAUUUCGAGUGCCCAAGGAGGCGAAUGGACUAUUCACUCUGCUCGCUUUGAGCAUUGUGAUGGCAAUAACAUCCUUUGUCGUCGGCUCAUUACCUCUCGCGUUUACGCUGUCCCCGUCUCAACUACGGUUAAUAUCUUCCAUUGGUAUGGGAGUGUUGGUGGGAACUUCUUUGAUCGUGAUUAUUCCGGAGGGCAUCGAGACCCUUUACAGCGCCAACGCUCUCAGUCGCAAGGAACUCAAUUCCCGGGCGACAACUGUCCAAUGGCACCAGGCACCCGCUGUGGCAGUCGCCUAUGCUCCCAAUGAGGCCCACACCAACCUUCCAUCCGAAUCCGUUGUCCCAAGUCUGCUCUUGGAGAGAGGAAAGACCGUGCCCACGAUCCGCAUCGACGAACCCGAGUCGCAACGCCUGCGUACCCGCAAGGACGAAUCGAAUGACAAAUCAAGCAAAGAAUCCGAGCACGAAAAUGAGGAGAGCUCACCACAUGCGUGGAUUGGAAUCGCUCUCAUCAGCGGGUUCAUCUUGAUGUACCUCGUCGACAAACUACCCGAGUUCGCAGCGCCCACCAAAAACGACCGGACCCCAUAUCACAUCUCUCUGGAUAACCUUGGAUCGGGAUUGCGCCGGGGCUCCUCGCCCUCUCGCGAGGGAGGUCUGCUGGAUGCAAGCCACGCCCGGCGCGGUCAUAGCUUCGCGACCACCACCGGUCUGGUGAUCCAUGCUGCGGCGGACGGAAUUGCCUUGGGCGCAUCCAGCUCCGAUACCGGGUUGAGCUUCAUUAUUUUCUUGGCGAUUAUGGUUCACAAGGCGCCCGCAUCCUUUGGCCUGACCUCUAUUCUGCUUAAACAGGGCCUCUCCAGCCGUACCGCCAGAGCGCAUCUACUGGUCUUCAGUCUUGCCGCUCCGCUGGGUGCCUUGGCUACUUUCCUCUUUGUACAGAUGAUGGGAUCUUCUACCGCCGACGAGGCAGGCACUCACUGGCGCACUGGAAUGCUCCUGCUUUUCUCCGGAGGCACUUUCUUGUACGUUGCUAUGCACACCAUGCAGGAAAAUGGGCCGGGAUCGUCGCCACGCGAAUUGCCCAUCAACGGAUAUGGCGACCGGGACCAAAGUGGAUCAGAUAAGUCGAUGAGAGACCUGAUUGCGUCUGUUUUGGGCAUGAUUCUGCCUCUGUUCUUGCAGAUCGGCCAUGCCCACUAA